GGAACUGAUAAUGCCAAUGCCCUUCUCCUUCCGCACUAUCUCUUCUCCCUCACUGACCUCUGGUUGCUCUUCUCGCUACUCAUUCACUUAAGUACUUGUUUUUCUCCUUGCUUUGAGCUCGAUCGGCCAAGCUGGAGCCUGCAGCGGCGCCGGCGGCGACCCCAUCCAGGAUGGGGCGGGGUAAGAUCCAGAUCAAGCGGAUCGAGAACACCACGAGCCGGCAGGUGACCUUCUGCAAGCGCCGCAACGGACUUCUCAAGAAGGCCUACGAGCUCUCCGUCCUCUGCGACGCCGACGUCGCCCUCAUCGUCUUCUCCGGCCGCGGCCGCCUCUACGAGUACGCCACCAACAGUGUGAGAGCAACCAUUGAUAGGUACAAGAAGGCAUGCAAUGACACCGGUAGCAUUGGAUUUAUUUCAGAAGCAAAUGCUCAGUACUUUCAACAAGAAGCGUGGAAACUCCAUCAACAGAUCAACAAUUUGCAAAGAACAAACAGGAGUCUGAUGGGUGAAACUCAUGGAUCUAUGAACCUAAGGGACCUGAAGCAACUCGAAACUAAACUAGAGAAAGGAUUAAACAAAAUACGAUCCAAAAAGAAUGAAUUGUUGUUUGCUGACAUUGAGUACACGCAGAGAAAGGAAAUGGAGCUUCAGAGUGACAACAUGUAUUUGAGGAACAAGGUCUCUCUCUAUCUCUCUCGGCAAGUAUUCAUAUGGUAACUAAGAAUUUCAAGUUUAUACCUACCUAUACCUUGUUAGAUAUAAG